AUGAAGUACCCAAACUUUCUCUUGCUCGCCACCCAGUUAGCAGUGGCGUCGCCUUUCCAUCCCAGUCCUAAACCCGUAACUCGCGACAACGGACAAGUCAGCUACGAUGGUUACCACAUCUAUUCCAUCACCCCGUCCUCGGACCAAGCCGCCCGCGAACUAGAGAAACGCUUCUCAAAAUACUACACCCAUCCGAUCCGAGACACGCUGUCCGUAGCCAUCCCACCCGAGGAAAUCUACGAAUUUAACAGUCUGGGCCUCGACGCCCGACUGGUGAACUCUGAUCUUGGAGCAUACAUCCGCUCGACCGAAAAGCAACCAGUCUACAAGCGAAGCAUAUCGCAAACCGGAGAGUUACCAGAUCUCUCAUGGUUCGAUACAUACCAUGCAUACGCGGAUCAUCUGCAAUACUGGGACGACCUCGUCACCGCCUUCCCCAACAACACGAGGAAAUUCGCCAUCGGGCAAAGCUACGAGAACAGAACUAUUUGGGCCUUUGAGUUCUACGGGAAUGAAGAGACGAAAGAGGAGAAACCGAUAAUACUCUGGCACGCCACAGUCCACGCCCGAGAAUGGAUUUCAACAAUGGUCAUCGAAUACCUAGCCCACCGCCUCCUCUUCACUUCCACCAACAGCGCCUAUCUCUCCGACUACACAUUCUACCUCAUCCCCUUCCACAAUCCCGACGGCUUCCUCUUCACACAAACCAACAACCGUCUCUGGCGCAAGAACCGACAGCCCCGCCCCUCCACAAACAGCACCUGUCUCGGAACCGAUGGAAACCGCAACUGGCGCUACGAAUGGGACGCCGAACCACCAGAAGGUGGUUCAACCCCCGACCCCUGCGGGCAAACCUACCGUGGCGAGUCCCCGGGUGACACACCCGAGAAUGCCGCCAUGGACAGCCUCUCAGCCCAACUGGCAAAACAGGGCCCGGUGGGUAUACGGUCAUUCAUCGACUUCCACUCCUACGGCCAGCUGAUACUCACGCCGUAUGGUUUCUCGUGCGACCCGUUGCCUGAGACGCUGCCGCGGAUGCUGGAGGUAGCAGGGGGUACGGCCAAGGCGAUCAUGGGCGCGAGUACGAUGAAUAGUACGUAUGAGUUUGGGCCUGGGUGUCAGAUAUUGUAUUUUUCAACGGGGAACUCGAGGGAUCAUCAUUAUGCGGUGCAUGGGGCGGAGCACUCGUGGACCAUGGAGUUGAGUCCGAGGGAUGAGGCCGGGGGUGGAUUUGUGUUGCCGCCGGAGUUUAUUUGGCCUGUUGUGAGGGAGCAGUGGGCAGGGCAGGAGUGGUUGUUGGGGGAGGUGUUGGAGGGUUGA